ACAAUCCAGCUGUCUUUUCUAAUGUUUUCACAAACAUGCAGGAUGCUUUAAAAACCUUCUUGUUACGGAAGCUUGAUAAUCUUGCGAAGGAUGACAAAUGCCAGAUCACAAUGAUUUCCACUUGGGCAACUGAGUUAUACUUAGAUAAGAUGAAUCGGCUACUUUUGGAAGACGAUACUGCAUCUGAGAAUAGUAGUUCAGAGUACCAAUCGAUUAUUAAGGAGUUUUGCGCCUUUUUGAGUGACAGCAAGGAUGUAUUGGAUGAGGCAACAACCAUUAAGCUGCUAGAAAGCUAUGGUAGGGUUGAUGAAUUGGUAUUCUUUGCUAGUCUUAAGGAGCAACAUGAGAUUGUGGUCCAUCAUUAUAUUCAGCUGGGAGAAGCAAAGAAAGCACUGCAAGUUCUUCAGAAACUUAAUGUUCCCAUAGACCUUCAGUACAAGUAUGCCCCAGACCUUAUCAUGCUUGAUGCAUAUGAAACUGUAGAAUCAUGGAUGAUUAGGAAAGACCUGAAUCCAAGGAAGCUCAUUCCUGCAAUGAUGCGUUAUUCAAGUGAAUCGCAUUCAAAAAAUGAAACUCAUGAAGUAAUAAAAUAUCUGGAGUAUUGUGUUCAUCGUUUGCAGAAUGAGGAUCCUAGUGUUCACAAUUUGUUGCUCUCAUUGUAUGCCAAGCAGGAGGAUGAGAGUGCUCUUCUGCGUUUUCUGCAAUGCAAGUUUGGAAAAGGGCGGCCCAAUGGUCCUGAAUUCUUCUACGAUCCAAAAUAUGCAUUGCGCCUUUGUCUCAAGGAAAAACGGAUGCGCGCCUGUGUCCAUAUAUACAGCAUGAUGUCUAUGCAUGAAGAAGCAGUUGCCCUGGCUUUGCAGGUCGAUCCAGAGCUUGCUAUGGCUGAAGCUGAUAAGGUUGAAGAUGAUGAAGAUUUGCGGAAAAAACUUUGGCUUAUGAUUGCCAAGCAUGUCAUUGGACAGGAGAAGGGAACGAAAAGGGAGAACAUCCGAAAGGCAAUAGCAUUUCUCAAGGAAACUGAUGGACUUUUAAAGAUUGAAGAUAUUUUACCCUUUUUCCCAGAUUUUGCGUUGAUUGAUGAUUUCAAGGAGGCAAUCUGCUCAUCAUUGGAGGAUUACAACGAGCAAAUUGAGAAACUCAAAGAGAAGAUGAAUGAUGCUACCCGUGGUGCAGACAACAUUAGGAAUGAUAUCAGUGCACUUGCACAACGAUAUGCUAUCAUCGAUCGUGACGAGGAAUGUGGGGUUUGUCGGAAGAAAAUAUUAAAUAUGACUGGCAGCUACCCGAUGACGGGGGUUUACACAUCAGUUGGAUCAAUGGCUCCUUUCUAUGUUUUUCCAUGUGGACAUUCCUUCCAUGCUCAGUGCCUGAUUGCCCAUGUCACUAAGUGCACUACUGAAGCUCAAGCUGAAUAUAUAUUGGAUCUCCAAAAGCAGCUGACUCUUUUAGGUAAUGGAUCGAGGAAGGAAAUGAAUGGUAGUUUAUCUGAAGUCGAACCAAUUACGAGCAUGACUGCUGGAGAUAAGAUCCGAUCACAGUUGGAUGAUGCCAUAGCCAGCGAAUGCCCGUUUUGUGGUGACUUGAUGAUCCGUGAGAUAUCGCUGCCUUUCGUUCUUCCAGAAGAAACAGAGGUGGCAUCUUGGGAGAUAAAACCAACUAACCUUGGAAAUCAAAAGAGCGUAUCUUUAACUGUAUAAUGAAAGCUUUGAACAAGCCUUGAAAGGGCAUGUUACCGGGUUACAAGUGCUUCAAGUCAAUGGAAGUACUUCAUACUUGAGUCGUAUUGCAUGUGUUUGUAUUGUCUGUGAAAAGGCAUACGUCCCUAUUCGUUAAAAAUAAUGUAUAUAUUGGUCUUGUUUGUUGUUGGUGUUGCGCUGGUUGCCUUUCUUUUUCCGAGUGGUAUCACUUCUACUCCUUCAAAAUUGUAUCACGUUUUAGUGUGCUUUCACCAUACUAAAAAAGAAGCUAGUUUGGUAUAAGGUGCAGUUUUUAGGAGAUGUCUGUACCAUUUUUGUGAAGUUUCUCCUUGCAGUGAGGUUAGUGUGUGUCGGAAAUGUACUUGUAGGGGAUUUGUUAUAUAUUCACUCGUUCGAAACUUCAAAGAAACUCCAUUUCAUUGAACA